CAAGCAACAAGAAAAUAAGAACAGAACUUCUUGCMCAGAAAAGAAAUUAUUUAUUGGGAAACGAGAAUGAACUUGGCAAAAAGUAUACUCGAAAAGGAAGAGUUAUUUCUUAAGGAGAUAAAGAACAAAUGUGUUGAACAACUCAAUCGUUUAAAGGUAGAAGAGAUGGCAUUACAAACACUUUUGGCAAGUAGUGACCAACUGACUCAAACUGACACUGAAACUGUGGUCCAGAACGAUAUAUCAGAUAGUAGAGACGAUUCAAAUACUCUUAACAAACUACCACUAGAAAAUCUAUAUUCACAGCCUACAUUGGAAAAGAAUAUUGAGGAAGAAGAUGAAAUUCCAUAAMUUAACUCAAAUAUGGACAUGGAAGAGAAUUAUUGUGUGCAUUUUCUGAAAAUUUGUUCACUUGAAAGCACCAGACAAUAUAGAUGAAACAAGGAGAAGGUACCAAAUUACUUUUUUUGAAAGAAUUUGCAAUGAGUGAGAUCACAUAAUGGAAGCUGCAUUUGAGAGUGAACUAAAAAUGAUCCACAAAACAGUACAACAGCAAAACAUCAGCUGAAUGCAAUCUCACAACCUCACAGUCUGCGUGGAAUUUGCCUGGAAUCACCAGCUUCUGUAUUUACAGAUAUAUUUAUCAAAGGAACUUGCUAUGAUGCAGUGCAGAUCAAAAUAGAGAUACAGUGUAUUUAUAAAUUUUAUUUUUAUACAAUUUAUAAUACAGAAUAGUCAUCUCCUGCAACAAUUUCUAAAUGUUCAAUAAGCUAGCAGUCUUCAUCUGACUAAAUUACCCCAAAAAUGUACAUUUUGUACUAGUGCAUGCAGAAAACAACUCUUAGGCUGUAACUCUUAAUGUGUUAAAAUGAAUAUUUUUUUACAAUUUUGAAACAUGCUUUCAGCAUGAAAGAAUUAAGCAAAAGUUGACAAAGUGGUAUCUUCUAAUUCCUGACUUGCUUAAGAUACUUUACAAUAUUAUGUCAUACUUGUCACAAGUGAAUCACUAACCAAUGUACGAUAUGAAAACCACCUGAAGAUCUGGAAGAACAAUCAGUUAGCACAGCAGAGAAG